CAAUUUCCAGAACGGCUUCAACAUAUUUUGACAAGCUCAAAGCCGAGUUUGGAUACAGAAUCAAUAGUAUAUCCUCAGUAUGAGACAAGGGGUGAUUUGAAAAAAGCGGUAGAGUUAUUUUGCGAAUGGUUAGAAAAGAUAGUCAAGGAACGUGAAGAUAUCAUCAGUUCGCCUGAUAGAAAGGGUAAUAUAUGGAUUUGUUUGAUUGGACAUUCAAUGGGUGGUAUAUUAGCCGCAGACACAAUUCUCAAAUAUGCAUCUCAGGAAUGCCCAACUGCGCCAAAAAUUAUCGGUUUGUUUGCUUUUGAUACUCCAUACUAUGGUGUACAUGAGAAUGUUUUUUCAAAAGCCGCACUGGAACGCGUAGGCAGCGUAGCUCAACAAGUUAGUAGUACAUUUACUUUAUUAAGUACGGCUGCGACUGCCUCGGGAAUUUUGUCGAGUACUGCAGCCAAAAACGCUACUUCUACCACUGCUUCCAACUCAUCGUUUGGAUUUAGUAAGUGGGGAUUGGCUGCAUUGGCCGGUGCUGCACUUGUUAGCGGGGCAGUAUAUAUGCAAAAAGAUAAUGUUGGUAAGGGUGUUGAAUGGUUAGGAAGCCAUCUAGAAUAUGUGGGUGUUUUAUGGAAAAAGGAUGAGUUAAAACAAAGUGACGCUUUUUCUUUAUUACGUACAUUUAUUCAUCUUCCACCACCUGAAAUGUUACCUUAUUUCUCGUCCACUACGUGUGAUUCAAAGGAUGAAAUUGAUGCUCAUAUAUAUAUGUUUGAUCCAGAACAUAACCACUAUUAUUUCGAUCUCGGACAUGUUAGUGCUAAACGAAUAAUCGAUACG